GAGCCAGGGACGGACUGACCAUUUGGAAACUCGGGCACUGCCCGAGGGCCCGGGGUCAAUAGGGGGCCCCAUGAGAUGCCCCUGGUACCUUUUUCAUAGGCUUAUUUGAGUUUGGGCAAGGACACAGGGGCCCCAUGAUCCCCUAUUGCCUGGGGGCCCCCAUGAGUUGUCAGUCCGCCCCUGGUCUGAGCUAUCUAUCAGGGUGCCGCUGCUGUCUACAGGUUCAUAUUCUGAGGCUGAUUGUGUCAGGGAGUCUUCCCCUUCACUCUCAUCUGACAUGCUCAUACUUUUUCAUAGGCUUUUUUGAGUUUGGGCAAGGACACAGGGGCCCCAUGAUCCCCUAUUGCCCGGGGGCCCCA